AAAGGUCCAAGUGGUCGUUGUCGUCGUCUUUUUGCCGACCGAAUCUUUUUGUACGUUCGUUGUGGAAACACGGCAGUCGUCAAAAUCAAGUGCGAUUUGUGGUGCAAAGAAUUGUGAAUUCGUCGUAAUUACAACGAAUUCAUUUUGCCAAAUCUAUAUAAUUUAGUUCAAGAAAAAAAGAAAUUUCAAUUUCUUCAGUUUUAAUUUUUUAUUUUUCCUACAAUUAAUUGAAGUUGAAUUGAUUAAAAUAAAAUUAGAGUUUUUUUCAUUUUUUUGAUUCUUCGUCUACACACACGAUUACUAUUGUUUGGUUGGUGAGCUCUUUGUGCUAACACACACUGAAAAAAGUUUUUUUAGUGAGGAGCGGCGGCUGGCUUCACACAUACAGAUCCCAUCAGUUGAAUUAAAAAAGAAAAAAAUUGAACAAAAAGUUUAAAAAAAUAAAUAUUAAACACACAUCAAACAACAUUGAAUUUGUAAAUCAAAUUUUAACUAUAAAAUGGCGUUAAAAAGAAUUAAUAAGGAAUUACAAGAUUUGGGCAGAGAUCCACCUGCACAAUGUUCAGCUGGUCCAGUUGGCGAUGAUUUAUUUCACUGGCAAGCAACAAUAAUGGGACCGCCUGACAGCCCGUACCAAGGUGGUGUAUUCUUCUUAACAAUUCACUUUCCAACAGAUUAUCCAUUCAAACCACCUAAAGUGGCUUUUACAACGCGCAUAUACCAUCCAAAUAUAAACAGCAAUGGAUCGAUUUGUCUCGAUAUAUUAAGAUCUCAAUGGUCGCCAGCACUUACUAUAUCAAAAGUUUUAUUAUCAAUUUGCUCUCUACUCUGUGAUCCAAAUCCAGAUGAUCCACUUGUACCAGAGAUUGCAAGAAUAUAUAAAACUGAUCGGGAAAAAUAUAAUGAAUUGGCACGAGAAUGGACUAGGAAGUAUGCUAUGUGAUGCGUUCCAGUUUGUAUAAUUGAUUCGUCGUCGUCGUCGAUGUCGUCGUUGUUGUUGUUGUUGUCGUCAUCUUCAUCAUCAUCGUCAUCAUCACCAACAUCUUCAUUAAUGUCGUCGUCGUCAUUUAUAUCGCCGUUGUCGUCGCCAUUCAAGUUGUCAACAGCAGCAACACUAUUGUUGUACAUUUUAUUGUUGUUAUUAUCUUAUAUAAUAAUGACAAACGAAUGCUACAACAUCAAUAACAACAUGAAGAUAAUUAUGAUGAUGUCAUCGUCAUGCUUGUUCUUUAUGUUGUUGUUGGUAUCGUUGUUGUUUGUGUCGUCAAAAAAUAGUUACAACAUCGACAACUAUUUUCUAAACGACAACAACACCGAAAAUAUCAACAACUGCAACCACAACGGCGACAAGAUCAAAUACUGCAACAUCAACAACAGCAGCCGCAGCAUCAACAACCGUAGCAGCAGCAGCA